GGAGCUUCCAGUGGGCUGGCCAGAUAUCGCUUCGCACAGCUUUGUCAAACUAACAGCCAACUGUCUGAAUAGCGUCAUUCAACUCGCGCAUUCGACGUGAACGAGGCUGUGGUGAACCCGCGAAGAAGUCUGGACUGCCCUCUGCUCUACUGUACCAUCGACAGCUACCGCGACGACUCAGGCGCCAAUUGGUGCCGCACAUCUCCCACCAUGGCCAACUUCAUCGCAACAGUCGAGGCUAUCAUGACACCCUCGCUCGCCACAAUCAUUAUUGGAGCAAUUAUCAUCAUCGGUGCUCCUAUAAUUCUUCACCUGAUCCUCUCCUCAUCAAGGACAUACACCGUUGCCCCCAGCGUCCUCCUUCUCGGUCCCGCCAACGCUGGCAAGACGUCACUUCUCACACUCUUUGAGCGCGGCGCUUCUGGUACCGAGACGCAUACCUCCCAGGUGUCGCACGAUGUCGAGCUCAACGCCUCUACCGACUCUGAAAACAAGCACUCGUACCGUAACCACGACACCCAUGAUGGUACAUAUACCAAGUUCUUGCUUGUCGAUACUCCUGGUCAUGGAAAGCUGCGAAACGUGCCGAUGGGCAAGCUGGACCGUACUGAAAAACUGAAGGCUGUUGUCUUUUUGGUGGAUGCCGCUGCUAUUGGCGAACCCGAGGUUCUUGCGCCCACCGCUGCGUACCUCUACGACGUGCUGCUCUUCCUGCAGAAGCGCGCUGCCAACGCCAAGGCCAAGGUUGCGAUCCCUAUUCUCAUCGCCGCCAACAAGAUGGACCUCUUCACCGCCCUGCCAUCGACACUUGUCAAGUCCAACCUGGAAGCCGAGCUGACGAGAAUUCGUGCUUCGCGAAGCAAGGGACUGCUGGACUCAGGCGUCGGAUCUGACGACAUUGGCUCAGAGGAGCAGGAUUCUUGGCUGGGCGAGUACGGUUCCUCCAAGUUCACCUUCAGCCAGCUCCAAGAGUUCGACAUCGAUGUUGAUGUUCUCCCUGGAAACGUCACUGGCGAUGGUCCUGGUGCAGACAAGUGGUGGUGGUGGAUCGCUCAGCGAAUAUAAACAUCGACGAUCAAUACAUCACAAAGGGGGGAGAAAUGGGAUGACACAAGUAUAUUAAUGACAUUUUUUAAUUUACGCAGCUGAUUCCCAUCGCAAAUGCCAUGUAGAUGUUGAGUCUACCGCCCAAAAUUCAGUCUAUCAAAAAAAUCCCAUCUUUUUCUCUAAGGUAUCCUGGAACGCCAGACGUGAAUGUCGUUGAAAACAUGAGUACUCGUUCCCCCCUCCUCUCGCGAGGUUUCUCCCAUCUACAGCUUCUUGUUGAUCAUCCAUGUAAGGAGAUCAACCUUUGUAACAAUAGCAAUAGGCUUGGACAGAGACUUGGAGUCGUCAGUCUUCUCGGUGACGACGGCUGCACUGUUCCACUCAAAGAACUUGCUGAGUGUGGUGAGGGGUGUGUCCUUUGUGAUCUCGACGAAUUGUCUACGCUUGCCGGGGUUGAUGGGGGAAGCGAAUUCGCGAGGAUCAGUGACGAUCUCGUCGAGGCGCGCAAAGUCGAACAUGACGUCUGAUACGGGGCUCUGGGCGGUGGCGCGGCCGCGGGAGAUGUAGCUUAGGAGGUUACCAAGUGUGACGAGACCGACGAGCUUGUUGCCGUUGGCGGAAAGGACGGGGAGUUGAUCGAAGCCCUUGUCGCGCAUGGUCUCGAUGGCCUCGGAGCAGGAAGAGUUAGCACCGACGGAUGUGACGGGCUUGAGGCGGAGAGAAGCGAUGGUGGCGCCCUCGUAAGGGUCGGAGGUCUUCUUCUGGCUGUUUCCGUUGACAGUGGAUUCAACACCAUUGACGGGGAGGAGGUCGUUGGCGGCGAGCCAGUCGUCAUCAGCGAACUUGGAGAGGUAGCUUCGGAUGCUGUCAGGCAGGACAACAACUACAACAUCGCCCUUCUUAAAGUUGUACUCCUUGACAGCGAGGAGCAUGGCAGCCAUGGCAGAACCGGAACUGCCACCAACCAGGAUACCCUCCUCGGCAAUAAGUCGUCGAGCAAGGUGGAAAGACUGUCGGUCAUCGGUCUUGUACCACUUAUCAACGAUCUGCUGGUCGAGCACAUCGGGAAUAAAAUCAUAUCCAAUACCCUCCACCUUAUAAGACUCAUUGGCAUGCUCCUCGUUCAAAAGCUCAGGCAGAGCAAGGAUACUGCCGUGGGGAUCCGCAGCAAUGACCUUGAUGUCCUGGUUGUGCUUCUUAAGACCACGAGCAAGACCAGUGAUGGUACCACCAGUACCGGCACCAGCGACAAUAGCGUUGAUCUUGCCGCCAGUCUGCUCCCAGAUCUCCUCAGCGGUGCCGAACUCGUGGGCGAGAGGGUUGUUCUCGUUGCUGUACUGGUCGAGAAUAUGGGCGUUGGGAAGCUCCUUCUCGAGACGGCGGGCAACACCAAUGUGAGACUCGGGGGCAUCCCAAGCAGCUUGUGUAGGAGUACGGAUGAUGGUGGCGCCGAGGGCACGGAGGACGGAGACCUUUUCGGCGGACAUCUUCUCGGGGAGUGUGAUGAUAGUCUUGUAGCCCUUGAUAGCUCCGACGAGAGCAAGACCGAUACCACUGUUACUGUCAGCUGAGAUCCGAGAGCUUCGAAUCUGGUGAUCUUACGUGUUUCCACUGGUAGGCUCGAUAAGAGUGUCACCAGGCUUAAUUCUUCCACUCUUCUCAGCCUCUUCAAUCAUGCGUAGAGCAAUUCUAUCCUUAACACUGCCUCCAGCACUGAACAGUUCUGGCUUGACGUAGACAUCGCACUCGAUGCCCAGCGACUGGGGGAUCUUGUUAAGUCUGACAAGAGGAGUAUUUCCGAUGAGCUCCGUCGCCGAGUGGACAGUAGCAGCGCGAGGCGGAACGUGAGGGACCUGAGAAGCCAUUUUGAAUAAUUAUGUAUUUUAGAUUAGAGAAGAAUAAAGAGAGGAAAGGAAAAAAGAGUUUCUCAUACGAGAACCGACGACUUAAGCACGCCACGGGACACAUACAUUGUUAGCUAAUGGUAAAGGUGGCGGGGCU